CUCUUCCACCAAGUAUUUCCACUCAUUUUUUUUCAUUUUGCUUUCUUUCUUUACAAUUUUAGAAAUUCUGCUCCCUCAAAAAAUUACCAACAAAUUGUUAUAGUCCCUCUUUCUUUGGUUUUCCAUUCCCAACUUAUCAAGAAAAAAGGUAACAAGAGUACAAGUGCAGUUUGAGGAACAUUCAGAUGGAGGAAGAAGUGCAAGCUGCAGAAUAAGUCCUUGUUUCUUUUCUAUUAGGCUAUGCUGUGCUUGUGAGGCUGAGGUUUCAAUCAAAAGUGGUACUAGUUUCAUUGGUCUAGAUCAAAAUGGCUGAUGGCAUACCUGCGCAUCUGGAUAGAAUUGAGCGUGAAGUUCGCUUUUUGAGAAGGAACUCAACUGGAAGCUUAGGCAUUCAAAUUGCUAAAUCCAAGGUCUUGUCACGUUAUCUGAGUGGUCCACAAGGUUCUUGCCAUGACGCUUGCAAAGGUGCGGAACGUGAUCUUCAAACAACAAAAGCAAGGACUUCCCUGCUGAGUAGAACUGUAGCAGCAUCAGAAAAUAUCCCAGAACUGGCUACAAAUGUACAGGUGCAGAUAAGGAAGAAACCACUACGCUCAAGUAAGCUACCUGUGAAUUUCAAGAGGCGUACAACUGGUAAAGCCCAGAGACAGGAGAUCCCAGCAUACACCAAAAGCUUAGCUGUUUCUGUAAAACAACGAAAUGGUUCGAAGAUGAAGUCUUUGCAGGAAAAUGCUAAUUCUAUGUCCAGAAGCUAUAAGCUGAGGAUAAGAGGAUACAGUGACAUUAUCACACGAGGGGGAACAUCACCAAUUGCUCGGGAUUCUCCAUUGGAUGGUGCAACUAGCACACCAAACAAAGGAAACAGGAUGGAGAAAAACACUGGAUCUUCUAAUUUGAGCAACAAGAAGGCUGUUGGGAAACCUGCAAACUUGGAGAAAAUUGAACCAGAACAUGGUUAUUUGAGAAGGAACUCAACUGGCAACUUAAGUAUUGAAAUGGGUGACUCCAAGGUCUUGUCACGUGAUGUGAGUGUUCCAACAGGUUCUUCGCUUGACGCCAGCAAAGAUGGUGCGGAGCGCAACUGCAAAACAAAGGCGAGGACUCACAUGUCCGCAAGAUCUGUAACAUCAUCAGGAGAAAAUUCAAAACUGGCUACAACUGUGAAGUGGCAGAUACGGAAGAAACCACUACGCUCAACUAAACUACCUGCAAAUUUCAGAAGCCAGAAAAUUUCCCACGGAGAGGAAAUGCAAGCAUGCACCAAAAAAUUAUCCGUUUCUGCAAGUCAUCGAAGUGAUCUGAAGCUGAAGCAUCUAGAAGAAAAUGCUAAUUCUGUGUCAGGACACAACAAACUAAGCAGAAGAAGAUACAGUCAGAGUCUUAUAACACGGGGUUUGCCAACACUUCAGGGGUCUCUAUUGGAUGAUGCAACCACCACAAAACCAGACAGAGGAAGCGAGAUGGAUAAGGGCAUUGUAUCUUAUGAGUUGAGCAAGAAAAAGGAUGUUGUCAUGCCCGCGAACCUGAACGAAAUUGAACCCAGAGUUGGCUAUUUGAGAAGGAACUCAACUGGCAGCUUAGUUAUUGAAAAGGGUGAAUCCCAGGUCUUGUCACGUUUUCUGAGUGUUCCAACAGGAUCUCGCCGAGAAGUUUGCAGAUACACAGUGGAAAGUGAUCUUAAAACAAAGGCGAGGACUCUCCACCCCACAAGACCUGUAAGAGCAUCAGGAGAAGUCCCAGAAAUGGCUACAACUGUGAAGUUGCAGAUAGGGAAGAAACUGUUAAGCUCAAGUGAGCUACCAAAUUUCAAGAGCCCAACCACUUUUCGAGCCCAGGGAGAGGAAAUCCCAGCAUCUACCAAAAUAGCUGUCGAAAAGGGAUCCGAAGGGUUGAGCAAUAAAAAGGAUGCCAUAAUUAUUUCCCACACUACAAGAACUUCUGUGAAGAGGGUAUCAGGCAAAAAGUUAAAUAACAAUUCUUCAAGAAUUGUAUAUCAACGCAAUAAGCAGAUUAGUCUUCCCAGCAAAACAGGCAAAGUGAGUCAUGAAGAUGAUCCAAACAAGGUAUCUCAAAUUAAUAAUUUGAAUAGCCUUGCACGAACAAAGAAAGUGCAACCAAGUCAUGCAAACUUUCCAAACAAGGCAUCUCAACUUAGAAAAUGUCCUAGUCUUAAACGAGGCAAGAUGGAGCAAGGAAGUUACAGGAGUGUUCCAAAGGGGACAUUGCACAUCAGAGAAUCAAAGACUAAAAGCCAGACCAUACAGAUCUCUCAAGAAAAUCAGAAGACCAGAGUCUCCUCCUUAGAUAGACAUGGCCCAAUAAGAGGGAAGAAAUCGUCACCCCUUCUCUCCCCAUCAUCUUCUCCACAUUCUGGUGGCAGUAGCUCCAGAAACGUUGGCAACAGGAAAUCCUCCCUAUCAUCAACUUCUGCAUGCGAGUCUAUUAAUGGUGAUGCAAUAGUCAGCAAUUCCAAGAAAAGUGGAACCACAAGCCCAAACCAAGAUAUAAAAGUUGGAAGGGCUGCAAUUUGCAGUCCUAAAAAUCUCAAGUUCAGGAGAGGAAAAAUAAUUGAUUUUCAGUCUGAGAAAGUCAGUCCAAGAAGAUUAAAAUUCAGGCCGGCCAAAAUACUAGAUAACAACGGAUAUGGAAGUCCUCUUGUUAGAGGAAGAAGCUCUCGGAGACUUAUUGCUUAUGGAAGGUCAAAUUCUGCUAAAGAUGAAAAUAUGAAAGUUAAUCUUCGACACCAAUCUAGAGGAGACAAAAAAGAGGCUCCAAUCUUGUUUAACAAUGUGCUUGAAGAGACUGCAACCAAGCUUGUCGAGACCAGGAGAAGCAAGGUUAAGGCUUUGGUGGGUGCUUUUGAAACUAUAAUCUCCCUUCAGGAUCCAACAUCCUCACCUCCAAUUAUUUGGAGAUGAUAGCUACGUGCUUUGACAGAAGGAAUCUGUAUAUAAAUUAAUAGAUAAAUUGAGUUACAUAACUGAAGCAGUAGGUGCAGGAUUUCAAGCACUACUCUGUCUGGAUAUAUAUACUUCCAAACUGAUUCUAUAUACUUCGUAAAUGUCAUUGGAGGGGUGUAGUGGUGUAGUUGUAAGUUAUUUUUGUAACGCGACAUUAUAUUUUACAUUGCUGCACAUUAA